GGCUAUAUCAAACUGGUAAAUGUGGUCAAGAAGGAAAAGAUAUUUCGUUUUAUGUAUAAGGAAAUAUUGGAUAUGUACGAAACAUUCGAAAUAAAAUCAUUGUCAUAUACAAAAUGGUUAAAAUACAAUAUAUUAUUGGUUAAGAAACUACAACUUGCCACCUUCAUACCUGUGUUGUUUUGUUCUUUGGGUAUAACUGCUGCUCCUCUCUAUAAGUGGAUUUUCGAUAAUAAACAUAUUGAUGUUCUGCCAUUCGCUUGGCCGUUCGUAGACAGCUCUACGGAAUGGGGUUACUAUAUAACACUAGCUGGUCAUUUAGUUUGUGUAGUUUUUGGCGCAUUAGGCAAUUUUGCCAAUGAUUCAAUUCUAUUUAUAUACGUUUCUCAUGUGACACUGGUAAAGAAUAUUUUACAAUGUAAAUUUGAUGAUUUGGAUGAAAUUUUAAAGGAAUUUCCCAAAGAUCCAGAAAAAUCUAGAGAAUCUCUAAAAGAUAUAUUCAAAUGGCAUCAGAAAUAUUUAUUUUUCUGUACAGCGAUAAAGGAUACAUUUUUUUGGGUGUUUUUCGUUCAAGUGAGUUCUGAAUGUGUGGGUAUUGUCUGCACUAUUGUAUGCAUGUUAAUGGGCAUAUGGCUACAGGCACCAGUAUAUUUACUCUAUUUAUAUUCCCUGCUAAUUUCAUAUUGCUCUUUGGGAAAUUUAGUCGAACUAUCGAACGAAGAUGUUAUUGAUAUGAUCUAUAAUUCUUGUUGGUAUUAUUUGACGGUACCGGAACAAAAAAUGAUUUUAAUUAUGCUGCGAGAAUCUCAACAGGCCACGGGCAUUUCAAUUGGUGGUGUUGCACCUUUAUCGCUAAAUACUGCCUUGCAAAUUACAAAAACCGUUUAUACCAUAACAAUGAUGUUAAAUGAGUCUCUAAACUAA